UCUGCCUAACAAACCUACGGCGGCCAACCAUCACACAUGUCUGUUGUCAUGAUGAGCAAUUUAAGCUCAUUGGAUUGUGAUCUGAGGGGUCGGAAGGAAAUUACACAUCGCUUCCCGGAAUACAUAGAGACGAAGUCAUCAGAGUUCAUAUAUAUGCCACUUCUUCCAUGACAUGAGACGUUCUGGCCUGCCAGCCUUGCUUCACGUUUUGCCCUCGGUAAACACCCUUCGGAAAGAUCAACAUUAUUGCCAGCCUACGAUGCCUUCCUCCAAGCAGAUUCUAGCAGUGGUCUUGACCUCCUGGGCUCUUGGCCCCCGCGUAGCAGCUGUUCCUCAGUAUCCAGGAAUCCUUGCAGGAAAUCCUGGGUCUCUCUCCACAACAGGAACCAAAUCUUCGAGUUCCGUGUCUGCAUCUCAAGGAGGGAACUCCACCUCGAGCACGCCCGUUUCGUCUUCUGAGAGUGUCGUGCAUCCGUCUCACUCAGCCACACCGAGUGCCAUACCUCCAUAUGGGGACGGAGACCAUGGAGAUGCUCGUCCAAUCCACCCAUUCCCCCCUGCUAUCUCACUGACGGCUACACCCACGUCGUCCGAGGCUGUUCACAUCCCCCCUGGAGUGGUGCCUUCCGCCUCUGAGCCUGUUAUACCUCCACCACACCCAUUCCCCUCCGUGCCUCACGACGGCGUCCAGGAAACACCUACACCUCAUGACGGUACUCCUGAGCAUAUCCCACGUCCUCCUCUCUCCAGCAGCAGCAGUAUUCACGUCACCUCGUCAGGAGGCAUCGUGCACCCCACUCACUCCCUCCCGGUUUCAGAUCCUAGCAAGAUUGCAUCUUCCGACAGCAGUUCGGCGAAGAUCCUGCCCGAGCCCACGCCUUGGCCGAAAGAAAGCGAGCCUGCAUGUCCAUCUGUGCAGUGUCCACCCUGUCCCUCAGUCCACACGGUCACAGUAACCGUGAGCGGCUCCAGCUCCAGCUCCAGCAGCAGCAUCAGCAGAAGUACAGUGCACAUCCUCACCCCGAGACAUGCAUUAAUCAACCACGGCAGCGGUGUCCUACCAGCCAGCUUCACUCCAAGCGCGACUCCCAACAACACCUACGACGAAGUGGAGGCCGAAGAGGAGGAGGAAGAGGAAGAAGAAGACAUCCUGAUCUGCGUUCUCCCCGAAGACCUCCCCAUCUGUAUCCCGGCAUCCUCCUCCGCUGCGCCAGUGCAGCCCCCGCCGAGCAGCGGGAUAAUCUCCAUCCUCUCCACCGCAAGCCAAGGCAUCAUCCCUGGGUCCCAUCCCAGCCCUAGUGUCACAAGUGGUGGCGGCGGUAUCGAGACAAAAACCCCGCGACCAACACGCACAAUCACCACACGCACGCGCACACGCACUCGCACUCGCUGCCGCACCAUUCGACCGCCACAGACAACCCUAUCGAAGAUCCCAUCAUCCAGCAGCAGCAGCAUCGUCCCCAUCCAUCCAUUCCCCAUCCCGGGCCCCGGUCCCGCGCCAAUCCCUACCUCCCUGCCCCGUCCACCACCCGCAACCUUCCCGAUUCCCACCUCCUUCCCCAUCCCCCCCACUUCUCUCCCUGUCCCUCACCCUCCACUCCCCACAACAAUGCCCAUCCCCUUCCCCAUGCCCCAUUUCCCACCCGAAGUCGAGCAAGAAGAAGAAGAAGAAGAGCCAUCAGAGUCGUCAUCACAUGCACCACCACAUCCCCCGGCCCCUCCUCCUUCGCCGUCCUCUUCUUCCACUCAAACGCCCACACACAUCUCCUCCACCACCGUCACGGGAUCAUUCUUCGCCCCGUCUCCUUCUUCUUCCCGGGCGUCAUCAUCAUCAUCGUCGUCGUCAUCCCGUCCCUCACAGCCACCACCACCACACCCGCCAGCACCAGCUCCAGCUCCAGCAGCAGCCCCAGCAGUCCCAGCGGGACACCUACCCGCACGCCACCACGAGUUCCGAUUCCCAGUGAUCCGGCGGGAUCUUGGAGACGCCUUGGCCUAAUCCGAUCUUAUCACUUGGAAAUUCUUCGCAAGUCAAAGGGGCGGUGUGUGUGUUGGGUUCGUAGUAUCGCCGGGGCUUUGGGGGGCAGCGAACAAACGCUCAUUGUGAUGAUUAUGAUCAUGUGAUACUCUUGUUUUCCCUCGUUUCCUCGUUUCUUCUCUUCUAAUCUUGUUUCUGUCUCUCUGUUUCCCAAUCUGGACUCUAAUCUAAUA